GAAAGCCCAAGAACGGAUAUCCGGCAAUCGCCCCAGAAAACAGGAAAUGGUCUUGACGUCUCGGCUUCGGUGCAGCGUUUCUAUCAUCCCAGUGUAACUGCCCCAGAUCAAGAUGUCUCGUGGCGGUCAAGCCCCACUCGUCACCGGCAUCUCACCAAAGGAGGGUCCAGCCUGGACUAAAGUCACUAUUCGUGGUGAAAACCUGGGCACGGGACCAGCCGAUCUCAUUGGUCUUUCAAUCUGUGGUCAUAAUUGCCUGCUUACAGCGGAGUGGAUGUCAGCCAGCAAAAUAGUGUGUCGUGUGGGCCCUGCAAAAGACGACAAGGGAGAGAUCGUUGUCACAACCAAGUCUGGAGGUUUUGGCACAUCCACAGUUUCAUUCAAACUGCUCAAACCAGAGAGGAUUGGUAUCUUGGACCAGUCGGCUGUGUGGGUUGAUGAAUUGAACUACUACGACAUGAGGACUGACCGCAACAAAGGCAUCUCUCUUCUCUCGCUGAGACCCAAUAAUCCAUUGGGUAUUGAGAUAGACAAAGGAACACUCCCACUGAAAGACGUCGAGAUGACAUUUCCAGGGAUGAGUGGAGACUUCACCAGUGAGAACUUCUCCGCCACCUGGUAUCUCAUCGAAAACCAUGCAAGCACUGGUUUUGAGCAUUUGAAGAUUGCUGCCAGCAAUCUGAAAAAGCAGGCCACCAAGAAGAAUGAGGGGAGUCUGGCAUAUGUAAAAGGAGGACUCAGUACUUUCUUUGAGGCUCAGGAUGCUCUGGCAGCAAUCCACCAGAGGCAGGAGUCUGAUGGCACUGAAAGAGUACAGGGAUCAAUGACCCAACGCCUGGAAGUUAUCCUCAACAGGGCAAGUGAUACAGCAGAUACACUUUUCCAAGAGGUCUUGGGACGGAAAGACAAGGCUGACUCCACACGCAAUGCGCUUAACGUCCUGCAGCGUUUCAAGUUUCUUUUCAACCUGCCGCUAAACAUCGAACGCAAUAUUCAGAAGGGUGAUUAUGACGUGGUGAUAAAUGACUAUGAGAAGGCGAAAUCCCUUUUUGGGAAUACAGAGGUUCCCGUUUUUAAAAAAGUCUACGCUGAGGUUGAGUCUCGGAUCAAAUCUCUCCGAAGUCUUUUACUGGAGAAGCUGCUGCAGACUCCAUCAACACUACAUGAUCAAAAGCGAUACAUCAGAUACUUGUCUGACCUGCAUGCUGCAGGUGACCCUGCGUGGCAGUGCAUCUACGCUCAGCAUAAAUGGAUCUUGCAGCUGAUGCAAGACUGUAGGGAUGAGUUCAUCAGUGGCCAGAAAGUCUGUGUAGGAGCUCCGGAUCCUUCAGUACUCAGCAGACUCAGCCACAUAUCAUCUUUGAAAAGAGGGAGUAGCCUGCAGAUGACAAGACCUAGCAACCGCCACUUUGAAACCCCUCAGCAAGUGCAGUUUGUAGAAAAGCUGUCAGAUGUGGUGAUUGGUCAACUCCCUAAUUUCUGGAAGCUUUGGAUCUCUUAUGUCAAUGGAAGUCUUUUUAGUGAGACUGGAGAGAAAUCUGGGCAGGUGGAAAAAUCAAAGAAAAAUGCAAGACAAAGGCAAAAUGACUUCAAAAAAAUGAUUGAGGAAAUGAUCAAUCGACUGGUCAAGCUUGUGCGCGGGGCCCUUCUUCCUACGACACUGCCACGAGGGGAGCAAAGUCUUUAUGGAGGCUGGGAGAACAAAACAGAACUUUCUGGGGCCUGGCUCACUGAAAUCAUCCACACUGUCAGAGGAUGUCAUGAGGCUUUGUCUGCCUUGGAGAUCCCAAAUGAUCUGUUACAAGUGAUCCAAGAGUUGCUGCUGGAACUAAGAGUUCACUGCCUCAUGGUGACACUACUGCACACCACAGACGAUGUCAGGAGACUUGCUGAGAAGGAGGACUGGAUUGUAGAGGGAUUUACCAGGCUGCCAUCCCAGUUUGAACAGUGUAUGGCCCAAAUGCUGCAAUCACUGAGAGAGCCUCUGGACAUCAAACCAGGAGAGAUCAACAUAUUGCAGCUGGACCAAGUUCAGGAUCAAGCCACAGAACUCUGUGUAAACAUCAUGAAAGUUUUCAUUAACUGCUUGGGGCAGCAGAGCACAAAAAGAGAUGGCGACCUGACUCCAUCCCACAUAUCUGUGGAGCUUUCCUCUGCGGAUCCGUUCACCAACAUGCAAGAGCACUUCAGUCCAACUUCUGAGCAACGCUUGCUGAUCCUACUCAGUAACUGCCAUUACCUGGAGAGACACACUUUCCUUAAUCUGUUUGAUCACUUUGAGAAGCAUGGAUUCACAGGCACAGAGAAGAUCUCACAGGUGAGCAUGAUGGCGGUUCGGGAACUGGAUGAAAAACUCUUUGAUGCCUACAUUGAGAGGCGAGCUGACCCUAUCGCAGGUGCCCUAGAGCCGGGGAUCUACGCUGGAUACUUUGACUGGAGAGACUGUCCAACUCCCACAGGUGUAAGGAGUUACUUAAAGGAAGCCCUAAUGAACAUCAUCACUGUUCAUGCUGAGGUCUUUACUGUUUCCAAGGAUUUGGUUCCUUGUGUGUUGUCCAAAAUUGUUGCUACAGUUGCAGACGAGAUGUGUCGUCUUAUACAGUGUGUGUCAUCCUUCAGCAGAAAUGGCGCUCUGCAGGCUCGACUUGAACUUUGCGCUCUGAGAGAUGCCAUAGCUGCAUACCUAAAUGCUGAAAGCAAUGCCAGCUUCAAACAAGCUAUGGAUGCCUUGCCUCAGUUACACAGUGGAUCCGAUAAAAAGUUACUGGGAGAGCUAUUGAAUCAGUUUAGGAGCAGCAUGCUUCUCCAGCUCACCUGCUUCCAGCCAUCUUGUGUCCAGCCUGUCAAGCGAUAAAGUAAAACUACUCAUCAACAUCAUCACUUGUACUUUUUAAUUCACAAGCUUGAACUUUAUUGGCCAAAAUACUACGUAAUAAAACGAAGAUUGCAUUGAAAUAAUUGGUUAAAGAUGCAUUUCAUUUUAUUCCCUUAAUCAAGUUUGUGAUUUGUUUUACUUUGUUAAACACAUUUUUUAUGAUAUAUUAAAGUCUCAAUUUAUCAAUGAA